AUGAUUAACAUCCCUCCCCCUCCUCCUCCUCCCCUCGCUGGGUACCACCAGUGUAAGGUGACUAACACAGACCCCUCCUCUCUCUCCCUCUCUCGGACACAGGGCAAUGGGCUGGAGCUCCAGUACGAGAUGAGGCUGACCAAUGGCCGCUCGUUUUGGACAGAGCAAUUCUCGGCGGAUGAGUUUGGGAUUCUGGAGACAGACAUCACGUUCCUGGUGAUAUUUAUCCUCGUUUUCUUCAUCUCCUGCUGUUUCGCCUAUCUGCUGAAAUCUCGGCUGCUGCUGCACACCACGUACAAGAUGUUCAUGACAGCAGCGGGCGUCGAGGUCCUGAGUCUCGUGUUCUUCUGCGUUUACUGGGGUCAGUACGCCAGGGACGGAGUCGGCAACUACGCAGUUAAGAUCCUUGCCAAGCUUCUCUUCUCUCUCAGCUUCCUGAUCUUCCUGCUGAUGCUGAUCCUGCUUGGGAAAGGAUUCACUGUCACCAGAGGACGGAUCAGCCACAGUGGAUCAGUCAAGUUAACAGUUUACAUGACUCUCUACACCAUCACACACAUCAUCCUAUUCAUCUAUGAGGCGGAGUUUUUUGAUCCAGGUCAGGUGCUGUACACCUUUGAGUCUCCUGUGGGUUAUGGGCUGAUCGUGCUGCAGUUUGUAGCCUAUGUCUGGUUCGGUUAUGCGGUUUAUACAACGCUGAAGCACUACCCAGAGAAACAGACGUUUUACAUUCCCUUCUUUGCAGCUUACACACUCUGGUUCUUUGCUGUCCCAGUCAUGGCUUUGAUUGCUAAUUUUGGCAUUCCGAAAUGGAUACGGGAGAAGAUUGUGAAUGGGAUCCAGCUGGGAAUCUGCCUCUACGCUCACGCUGUCUUCUUGGUGAUUACCCGGCCGUCGGCAGCCAACAAGAACUUCCCUUACCACGUCCGCACCUCUCAGAUCGGCAUCGUGGACAGCAGGUUCGACAAGUUCCCUCACCACAUCUACGGGAAUGCCGGCUUUACCGGAGACUCGGUGCCGAACUUCACCGAGCUAUUCUCCAUCGCCACGGCCAAUGGGACCAGCACCGUGAAUGGCAAAGCAAGCCAAGAGACCGAGCUGCCCUGGAGCCAGACAUCGCCCACGGUCAUGUCCCCGAGACCUCAGCUGGCUCCUGAGACCCUGGGCGACUGCCUGCCACCUCACUACAACGUUUUCGGGGAGUACCUCAGUGUCCAGACGCCUGCCGCCGGCCCUGGUCACUGUCCUGGCCGCCGGCCCCGGUGCACUGUUCUGGAGCUGGCCCUGCGCACCGUCCUGGCGCUGGCCGCCGACCCUGGUCACUGUCCUGGCGCUGGCUGCCGGCCUUGUGCACUGUCCUGGCGCUGGCCCCUGGCCCCGGUCACUGUCCUGGCGCUGACCACCGGCUCUGGUCACUGUCCUGGUGCUGGCCGCCGGCUCUGGUGCACUGUCCUGGCCCUGGACCCGGUGCACCGUCCUGGCGCUGACCGCUGGCUCUGGUGA